AUGGAAUCAAGAUUCUUGAAGCAUCACAGGGAGGGGAAUGGUGUGUUCAAGUUAAAUAUUGAUGGCUCUCGCAAGGGUGGUAUUGGUUGCAUUGGUGUUGGUGGUAUCAUUCGUAAUUCCCUUGGGGACUGGAUGGGUGGUUUUGCUGUCAACUUGGGUAUUGGUCAAACUAUGGAUGCUGAGCUCUAG